CGGUAUCCGUAGUAAAAUAACUCGCUGUCUUAUAGGUAGUUCUUCGUUCUUCAAUCUUUUUUAAAAAUACGUGAUGAUAAAAAUAUAAAUUAAUUUCAAUAAUAAUGACUGUAAAUAAUAUCAUGUGUUUUUUACCAGAAUAUACAGGUAGUCGGCAUUGUCAGUUUUAUUUUGGCAUUACGAAAAUUAUCAAUACUUAAUACAAAAUGCCAUAGUCCGAAAACAGUGUUGUGUUUGUUUGCGGUGUUUCGGUGGUAACGAUGGCUAACUCCCCGACAAGUAUUGAGACGCAAAUAGACAGUUUCUUAGAACAAUUUAAAAGAAGUGCUUCGAAAGCCAUGGAAGAACGUAUGGAAUGGCCUGAUGGUCCAUCGCCUGGCGCAGUCGUCAAAUCUCGCAGUAGCUGUUUUGCUUUAGAUUCUGCUUCUGAAGCGGAAUGCGACGGCUGCAGCAGCGACAAUGACGAAGGGCGCAGCGUGGGGGAGCUGCUGUUACCGCAGUAUGCGCUGGCCACGGGCGGGCUGGCGCGGGACCACAGGCCACUCAUCACGUUCCCAGAUAAUAACAACUUCCACGUGCUCACCGCUACGGAAUACCGACGGCUGCUGCUUUACCUCACUUCUGUGCCCUCAUUGUUAGAAGCGGAAAUGGGUUUCCAUAUAAUAAUAGAUCGACGGAAAGACAGAUGGAAUUCGGUUAAAGCAACAUUAUUAAGGAUAUCCGAGUUUUUCCCGGGCGUUAUCCACGCGGUAUACGUCCUCCGGCCGGCCAGUUUCUUACAAAAAGCCCUGUCUGAAGUGAGCAGUAAGUUGUUCAAGGAGGAGUUCAGAUUCAGGGUGCUCGUCUGUUCUACUGUGGACGAGUUGUAUGAACACUUCGACAAGUCGCAACUAACUCCGGACUUGGGGGGCGAAUUACAGUACUCGCAUUCUGAAUGGAUACAGCAACGGAUAGCGCUAGAGAAAUUUUCGACUCUAAUGAAGGAAAUCUCGACUAAACUGGACGAGUUUAUGCACGAGAUCGUCGAUUGCGACAUGGGCAAUGAUCCCACUCAAACCAAAGAAUUGUUAGAUUGUCAAGAAUCUAGUUAUAAAGCUUUAAAAACUGAACUGGCGUCGGCAACGUCGCAAGGCGAGGAAUUGCUGACGCAAGUGCGAAAACCAAAUCUUACAUAUAAUAUUAUAAGUCACGUGGCUGCCGUUGAGAGGCUACUUGUACAACUUGAAGAGACUGAGAAACAAUUUGAUAAUUUCUGGAAGAAACAUUCAAUGAAAUUAAACCAUUGGCUGAAAUUUAGAACAUUUUUAUUAAAUUUUAAACAAAUGCAGGCUACUUUAGAUACACAUUUAAAGACGGCAUGCGAUAUGACUGAAGUUGGAGAAACUGCUAAUAGAGUUGACGGUCUCUUAGAAGAAGCUAGUGAAUUUGAAAAAUUAUGUAACUGUGAUCUCGAUGCCGCAUCAUUAGUAAUUGAUGAAGGUGAAAAAUUAAUGCAAGAUCCUUUAAGUUCAGUGGACCAUAUAGAAUCGAAAUGUGAAGAAUUAAGACGAACUAGUGCUUUACUAAUUGACAAAAUACAAAAACGAAAUUUACUUUUAACAAAAGCAAGAGAGCUGAUGGAUAGAAUAGACAAGGCAAACGAGUGGUGCACAACGGGAGUGGAGAUUUUAGCUGGAGAAGGUGGCCUAAUAGCCGUGGACAAGUUAUUAGAAGACGCAAAAAGCUUUGGUCUUACGUCACCUGAUGAAUUCCGAGACAUGCUUAUGCAGACUGCAACGCAAGAAACUCGAGCGCUUGUCACUCAGGUGUCACAAAGGGUGGAGGACGUUUGGCUGAUGGUGACGGUGAAGCGUGCGACGCUGCAGCGAGCGGCGGCAAAACCUGCACGCCCCGUGCAGUCUGUGCCGCCGCAGAGCGCUGCGCUGCAGCCGCCCGUCGAACAGAUGGAGACAUCAGGCGGAUCAGAGAGCUCAGGGGGCGAAGACGCAGAGGCUCGGCGGUCGAGGCGUGGCCACGUGUUGGCUGAACUCCUUCAGACGGAAAGAAUUUACGUACAAGAACUAGGCUCCAUACUGGCUGGCUAUAAAGAAGAAAUGGAAAAACCAGAAAAUCAGCAUAUACUACCGGCAGGACUAAUUGGACAAGCGGAUGUUUUAUUUGGAAAUCUGCACGAACUUUUCACAUUCCACCAAGAAGUAUUUUUAAAAGAUUUGGAAAAAUCGAUCUCAGCGACAGAACUAGUUGCACUCUGCUUUGUUGAAAAAAAAGAAACAUUCUAUCACCUAUACAGUUACUAUUGCCAAAACAUACCCCGGUCAGAAAGGUUACGAGAGACAUUGGUCGACACGCACCUCUUCCUACAAGCGUGCCAACAGCGGCUCGGCCACAAACUGCCCUUGGCUGCGUAUCUACUCAAACCAGUGCAGAGGAUUACUAAAUACCAGCUCUUAAUAAAGGACCUGCUCCGGUACAGCGAGUGCGGGUCGAUGAGCGCGAGCCUGCAGCAGGCGCUCGACUGCAUGCUCGUCGUGCUCAAGUGCGUCAACGACUCCAUGCACCAGAUCGCUAUUACUGGAGUGCCUGUGGACCUGAACCAGCAGGGCGAGCUGCUGCUGCAGGGCUCGUUCCUGGUGGUGUCGGAGAACAAGCGCGACCUGCGGCUGCGCCUGCGCCCGCGCCGCCGCCACAUCUUCCUCUACGAGAAGGCGAUGCUCUUCUGCAAGCCCGCCGCUAAGAACAGCCACAAUAAGACCUAUCACUUCAAACAUGACUUGCAGAUGUCGCAGAUCGGGCUGACGGAGUCGGUGAAGGGCGACCCGCGCAAGUUCGAGGUGUGGCGGCAGGGGCGCGCCGAGGUGCACACCAUCACCGCGCCCUCCGCCGACGCCAAGCGCGCCUGGGUCGAGCGCAUCAAGCGCGUGCUGCUCGACCAGCUGCACGAGCUCAAGGGCGAGCGCGGCCGCCAGUACGCGGCGCACCACAGAACGCUUAUACAGACGAGUUCAUGGGACAUAGGGCCCCAAAAGGAGCGGGCGCACCCGGGCGGGCACCCCGCGCGCACCGCCUCGUGCGACGCGCACGACGAGCCGUGCUGGUCCACCGACCCGUCCGACGACGACGAGGAGGAGCCCGAGCACGCGCCGGCGGUGGGCAGCUCGCUGGUGGCGCUGUCGGAGUACGCGGCGGUGGGCGCCAGCGAGGUGUCGCUGCGCGAGGGGCAGCACGCCGAGCUGCUCAAGGUGGGCUGCGCGGGCUGGUGGUACGUGCGCCUCGCAGGCGGCGGCGGCGAGGGCUGGGCGCCGGCCGCGUACCUCGACACGCGCAAGACCAGCCGCUCCUCCAGCCGCUCGCACGAACACUAGCCACGCGCUACUCGCUACACACAGUAUUGGCAUUCACUUCGAUCUCUCGUUCCACCGAUACCGGAAUGCGAGAUCUGCGUACGGCUGCCGGAAUCGCUGAUUCCGUGUGACCAUUUGUUGUGUUUAUAAAUUGUUCCAAAUUCAUUUUCUGACGGUUUUGAUGUCGAACGUUUUUGGUGUUAUGUUAUGGCAUGAAAUGCAUUCUUUUCGAAACGGUGCCUGAUCUUUUCAAGUUUUACAUGUAAAUAAAUUGGUGUUAUUUAGUUUCUUUAUAUUAUCAUGGAGUUAUUUUUAUACCUAAAGUGAGCCUUACAUUAUAAACAAUUUUAAUGGUAGAAUUUGGAUUUUACACUUUAGUAGUUUGUACCUUGUAACAGUCUGCGGAAUUAUCAGUUUUAAACAAAGCUUAUGCUAAAUGAAUAUUUAAAGUAUAUAACAGCUUUAUAUUUACCCCUUAUUCAAAAUGAUAAUGUAUUACUUUAAUUAAAUAAGGGACUAAAUAUGAUAACGAUUAAUAAGUCUCAAAUAAACAUCGGAGCUUUUUUCCAAACUGAUAAUUCCGACCCACCUGCAAUAUGUCACGUACCAAUCCGAGCAAGCGGCUCCCACCCUCGUUACUGUUAAUAUACAAUGACAUUGUUAGUAUAUGUAUGUAAAUGUUGUUCUGUAGGCUUUAUUGUAAUUAGUGUAACACGUGUGCACGAGUAUCCAAAGCAAUGUAGUGGCGUAGAGAGAUGUUGGCGGCCGUUCGUUUCGUACUUUUGUAAAUAUUGUUUAGGAUGUAGUAAUUUAUUUGGAAGCUAGACGAGUAUUAUGUCUCAAAUGUCCAUGACAGAUUCUGUAGAUAGAUUAAUUCUUACAUAGAUGUACCUACAUCUCACGAUGCGACAAUAGACCUCCGUAAAUUUCUUCCUACAGAUUAUUAAGCAUAAUAGUAAUUUUUAAAUAAUAUUAAUAUACACUUAAGCGACAAUAAUUGUUUUGUAUUGUGCGUCGUGAAAUGUAAAGUUUAUAUGGGAUUCUAAUAUACGUAGCUAUCAGUGGAAAGUGUAAAGUUUUCAUAUCCAUGUGUACCUUAUCAUAUCAUUGUCGCUUUGCGUUGAAUAUAUUUAAAAGAUUAUAUAUUUUAAG